AUGGAUUUUCUGUUUGGGUUACCUAGGACACCAGCGAGCUAUGAUAGUAUAUGGGUAAUUGUGGAUAAAUUGACAAAGACAGCUAAGUUUUUAUCUGUCAAAGUUACUUUUACCCUAGACCAAUUAGCUAAGCUGUAUGUUGACCGAAUUAAUGAAGUCGGUGAAAGGAAAUUACUAGGUCCAAAACUUGUGCAGCAGACAUCAAACAAUGUUAAGAUUAUAAGAGAUAAUCUUAAGACAGCUCGAGACAGGAAAAAGAGUUAUGCUGAUAAGUGGAGAAAAGAAUUAGAAUUUGAAGUUGGUGAUAAAGUAUUUCUUAAGUUGUUUCCGUGGAAAGAAAUACUCAGAUUUGGUAGGAAAGGGAAAUUAAGCCCGAGGUAUAUUAGACCUUACGAGAUAAUAGAAAGAGUUGGCCCAAUGACAUAUAGGUUGGAUUUACCUCCAGAGUUAUCUCGUAUCCGUGAUGUGUUUCAUUUGGCAAUGCUUAGGAAGUAUGUGUCAAAUCCUACCCAUGUGUUGCCUGAGCAACCAGUACAGUUGAAAGAGAAUUUUUCUUACGAAGAAGUGCCAAUGGAGAUUCUUGACAGAAAAGAACAAGUCUUUAAGAAAUAA